GGGAUUUCUGUACUUUGUAAGGCAGCUAGGACCGGCAGCUGGCAUUCCACAAAAACCGAUGCAGUUUGCCUCGAAACUGCCUUGAUCUAAAAGAUACAGUCUGUACCUUCAUCAACUAAGACUAUGCUUGCAGAUCUGGUUUCAAGCGUGGUUGGCCGGUCCUCAAAUCGCCCGAGGACUCUGAGUGGGCGCGCGGCAUCUGGCUUUGCGCGAAGGCAAUAUGCAUCUGAAAUUUAAUUGUGUGUUUAAAGUAUUUGAUUUUUAAUUUCUUCCGGCUACAUAAUGGCGGACGACUCGUUCGUUGAACCAAAAGCAUCGGAAGAACCUUACACGAGGAUAAAGACCCUGGGAAGAGGAGCUUUUGGCGAAGCAGUUUUGUAUCGCAAAACGGAGGUAAGAAUAGAUUUGUUCAGUCUGCAGUUUAUAUCGCUGCAAGCAAAUAUCGCAAGCAAAACACAGCACGUAUUUCUUUGGCAGGGCUUUGGCUGCGGUUAUUAAAAAUAAUGCUCUCGCAAAUUUUGCAUUUUUCAAGAAUAAUGUCAGCGCUUUUUUUGCGAUACAUUUUUCUCAUCGCAAAAAAAUUUCCCUUUCCAGCAGGGUUUAUACUGAAUGCGGGGGUUGCGAAUAAUCGUUUCUGCAAUGGUAAAUAAAAGUUACUCCCUUCCCGAGUAAUCGAGUUGUUAAUGAUUCAUUAUCCUCCAGUUGUUAGCAAGUUGAUGUCUCUUGACCUUUUAUUUCCUGUGGCAAUUAUUUUAAGUCGAAAGUUGUCUUGAAAAGCUGAAAUUAAACUGGUCUAAGCUUAAUUAAACUGGCUUAUGGAAGUGUGUCAUAAAUGAACAUUUUUCGAAUUUUUAGACUGUACUCUUUUAUAAUAAUUAUACAGCUUUCGGGUUUCUCAAAAGCCCGGAAAAAGGAUAUUUUUACCAUAGUUUUUUAUUUACGUUUGUGAAAAGUGACACUAUAAGCAGGGUGCUACAUCAAAUUAUUAUUAAGCUUAUCAUUAUUAUUUCAAGUGUCAAAGAUCAAACAACCGCUGAUUUCUUGAAUUAUUAUUUUGAAAGAAUAGCUAAAUAUUUCGUAGUUUCAGAUAUUUAGUAAGGAGUAAACUCACACAAAAAAGAAACAUGUGAGGGGAAUUGUGUAGUACAUAAAAUACUACACUAAGAAGGUUUGACAUCAUAUUUAUUGCAUAGCUUUGAGGUAAUCAAGCAUGGAUUGUUUACCUUUGGUCUUAAGAGUUUAAUAAGCACUUGAAAGUUUAAAAAUGUCAGGCAUUCAUGUAUGGAUGGAGAGGAUCAAAAUAAUAUCUCUCUACUAUGGAUAAUCCUUUUGCAGGAAGGAGGUCAUUCUAAUAUUUUAAAAUUUGAUAUGUCUAGACAAUGGAGACCUUUAAAUUCAAGGAGGACGACGACCAUGAGUACAAGAUUUGACGUGAAGUUUUUUCUCGUCUUCUCAAAAUACAGACCUCCCAGAAAGCUUCAUUUUACCAUUUUUCACUAGAAAACUUAGCAUUGUUAACUUUAGUGAAGGUUAUGCGCUCUCCCAAUCGCAAAAAUGAUAAAACUUCUAACAUUAAUUGGUACAUGUAUCUUGUUUUGCCACCAUGACGUUCGCCCGAAAACUCAUAGUAGAGUGAUGAGGGCUACCACAUUUUCCCGCCAAAAUGACCCUGGCUUACGUGCGUGCACUACUUAGUAUUGAGAAAUCUCCUACUUGUAGUCAUACUCGUCUUAGAAUCGAAAGCUUUCUAUUAAAUAUACAGACGGUCGAACCCUUCGGCUUCCCAUCUUGUCACAAUUGAGGUUGGACAGUCUGCUUAUAAAUUUCUGAUAAGAGAUGUAUUCUGGUAAAGUAGUACUUCACAUAGCAAUCUGAAUAUAAGCAGUUUUAUUAUUUACUUUUCUCAGUGAAUUUUGUUUAUAUGACUUGCUUGUUGAAGGUACUGUCAGUGACAUAAAGGCCUUCUUUGGGAGGGGGGGGGGGGAAGGGUACAUAUGUCCCUGGUCUGAAUUUCAAAAGCGGUUGUUUCAUGUAUUGAAGAGGAGGCUAUGUCAUUGUCAGUAUUUUGCUACCAACUGUGUUUGCCAUUUUCCUCGUCACGGUUGCAGUUUUCAACCAAUCUUCAUGUCGUUUGUUGCAAUUUCAUCUGUCUUAUGUCCCUGUUUUAAGGCUGUGUCAGUUGAUGUAAUUUAACUUUAACGGGGCCAUAGAGUGUAUUUCUCUUUUAAAGAUGGAGAAUGGUGGGUAAAUUUAAAAAUCCUGGAUCUUGGAAAAUCUGAUCUCUAAAAGUCUUGGAAGCGUUGUGAUUUCCUAGUUUUUUUGUUUUGUUUUGUUCUUUUUUUUGUUAAGUCUUUUUAGAAGUAUUUAGCUAGAAACUACUGACAGAUGUAUUGUUUAAUACAAUAUUAUUUUUUGACAAAAAAGAAUAAUACCCCUUCGACUGUAAAUUGCCAGUAUUCACAUAACCUUGGAUCUUUAGUAAUUUAAUCUAUAUUUCUUGUCAGGGGAAAUUUGAUAAUGAUCAAGAGUGGACCUUUAAGAUAUGACUAAUUUUUACUAAAUAAAUAUUAUUCUUGUAUGAAGGCAAGAAUUGACCUGCCAUUUUCUGUUUUGUUGUUGGCUUGUUGUUUGUCAGGACAAUGUCCUUGUGGUGGUCAAAGAGGUCAACUUAAGUCGUGCUAGUGACAAGGAAAGAGCUGAUGCUGAAAAAGAGGUGGAUAUCCUGUCGCUGUUGAAUCACACCAAUAUUGUAACAUACUAUAAUCAUUAUAUCGAUGGUACAUCACUUCUUAUUGAAAUGGAAUACUGCAAUGGUGAGUGUUAAGCAGUUCUUUACUUUCAAUCCACUUUUUUUAAAGUAAAAGGAAAAAUUGUUAUUUACUGUUGCACUAUCUCUUUCUUUAAAAGAAAUAAUGAUUAAAAGAUGCCCUUAUCCAUUUUAUUGUUAUUUAAAUAUUCAGGCCUGAAAUGACUUAAAAUUUGGUGGAUUAAUUAUGUCUUCUUUUAUUCUCAGGUGGUACACUGAAUGAUAAAAUAUGUGCACAGAAAGAACUUUUUGCAGAAGAGGUAAGCUGGGGGAAAACAAUGACAGUGUACGUUGCUCCUUGCACCUAUCCUGUCGUCAUGGUGACCGUUAAGGCACCAUGGACCUAGCAACCCUUUCGCUCAUUUGAUUUUGUUUUCAGAUUCUUUUAGGGCAACGCAAAACUUCAACCCUUAUAUCCACUCAGAGAUGUUAUUCUCCUAAUGCUUCUUUUGUUGGCCCCUUCCUCUCCCUCCUUGCACUGUUCCUUGUAAAAUUGUCUUGGCAAGCCCUGCUGAUCUUGAUACAUGCCCAAACCACUCAAAAACUACAGUGGACACUCUUUUUCAUACUGACUGAUUUACUCUGUUUGGAACAGAAAAGCAAAUAAAUAAAUAAAUAAAUAAAUAGACUGAAGGUAUUAUUAAAACCUGGAUGAGACUAUAUGAGAUCAACCCACUGUUCAUGUAACUAUUGAAAAAAGUUACAGCUAGGGUUACAGGGGUUGAUUUGAUCCAGUGCGAUCUAGGUUUUGUCAAUGGCCAUGACUAUAAGGAUCCAUUUAAAUAAUCAACAUUUAUGGCUAACACCAAUUUUCAGCUAGUUCAGAAUAAUUUUGAACUACUUGAAAAUUUGUAGUAGCCGCAAACUUCAUUUGAGGGAUUUACAGUUAAAUUAUUUUAAUUUUAUUAACUUACUCUGCUGUGUUGCUAAAAUACACUGUAGCUAAAAAAUAAUCAAUCAUUUUAUUAAUUUAUAUUUUGCUUUAUGACAGAUAGUAAUCUGGUAUUUCUUCCAAAUAUGUUCUGGAAUGAGUCACAUUCAUGAAUGUGGUAUUGUUCACAGGUAAAAUAGUUAAUGCAGGGUUAUAAAAUAGUUUUUUCGAAAUGCUACGACUUAGUGUUAGUUCUGUGCUACAGAGCUCUAAAAUGGAGCCAGCCUUAAGCAUUAUACAGGUGGGAAAAAAUGAUGAAAGAGAAUACUUGCCAGAAAUAUAUAAUUUUUGUAGCAAUUUACUUGUAUACCCAUAACCCUUUAAAUGCCCCCCCACCCCUCCCCUUCUAGUACUCACAUGCAAAACUAAUAGCAAAACAUGUAUUUUGAAUGCUUUGAAAAAAGAAAAGAGGAAGACGGCAAAAAGUAAAUACUCUAGGACGUAAUUAAUAACAUGUUAGCCAGAUAUGGUUAAAAAUUUUUGUUGUUUGUAAUUUUGGUUAUUUGGAAAUAGUUGAUAUACUUUUUAUUGUAUAAGACUCCAAAUUAAAAACAUGUAUGUAUGUAUGCAAAUUCUCCCAACUGAUUUCUUCAUAAAAGUUCAUUGAAGCAUUUUCACUUGGGUGAUCUGACUUAUUUGAUAACUUACAACCUUUCGUCUUGAUCAUGUAUUGAUUCUUUUUUAGAAUAAUGGAGUAGGUCACUCUUGAGUCUGAAAGGAAAGGACUGAAGGAAAAAAGAUAUCAUCAUAUUGUUGAUUUAGAAAUUUAUUUUUAUUCCAUCUAGAGACAUCAAGACACUUAACAUUUUCUUGACUAAAUCUGGGUUGGUGAAACUUGGCGAUUUUGGUAUUGCAACUGUGUUAAAAGGAUCAAGAGAAUUUAUGGCUGAAUCUGUAAGAUUUCAAUCUUUGUUGUUGUUCAUUAGACAGAAGUGGUUCCUGUUUUAACUUAUGUAAACUUUUUUUUUGGGUGCCCCGCAUUGUGGAAAACUUUGUUAGGCCUUGUACACAACUUCUGUGCUUAAACCAGCAGGGGGGUACCAGGGCGGGGGAGUUACGGUGACAAUUGCAAAGCAGUUUUGGGGUUUGCAAUUCAAGGUUCGGAUAUUUUUAGGCAAGACGAAUGUGGCUUGNGAAAGGACUGAAGGAAAAAAGAUAUCAUCAUAUUGUUGAUUUAGAAAUUUAUUUUUAUUCCAUCUAGAGACAUCAAGACACUUAACAUUUUCUUGACUAAAUCUGGGUUGGUGAAACUUGGCGAUUUUGGUAUUGCAACUGUGUUAAAAGGAUCAAGAGAAUUUAUGGCUGAAUCUGUAAGAUUUCAAUCUUUGUUGUUGUUCAUUAGACAGAAGUGGUUCCUGUUUUAACUUAUGUAAACUUUUCUUUUGGGUGCCCCGCAUUGUGGAAAACUUUGUUAGGCCUUGUACACAACUUCUGUGCUUAAACCAGCAGGGGGGUACCAGGGCGGGGGAGUUACGGUGACAAUUGCAAAGCAGUUUUGGGGUUUGCAAUUCAUGGUUCGGAUAUUUUUAGGCAAGACGAAUGUGGCUUGUAGUUUUGGGUGGUAUAAAAUAAUAUAAUUUAACCAGGGAGUAAUACUUUCCAGGGGUAAAAAUGUAAAGACUUGUGUACAUAUAAUAAUAUUAUAUGCAAUGUUGUCAUUUAAUUUUCGUCUUAGCUUAUAUUGUCAAGCCAGUUGAUAUUUAUUUUCAAACCAGUAGUUAUUAUUAAUUUUCAAACCAGUUUCAAUUUGUAAUGUCCAGCUGUAAUAUAUUUUCACUGAAGAGUGAAUGCAUUUAGUAUAGAGAUCUUAGCAGUUUUUGACAGGAUUUAAGUAAUUACCAUCGGGCAUGAGUGAUUAGGGUAUUAAAAGCACCUGUUUUAGUGAUUGGGAUUGAGUACUGAUCUUAUUUCUCAAAAAAAUCAUGAGGCAGAAAUGUGUUAAAAGUGCUCACCAAGUAACUCUUGGUGUUGUGAUUCCACAUAGGUUGUUGGUACCCCAUACUACAUGUCACCUGAAAUAGUCCAAGGACACAAGUAAGUAUUUGAGUAGCUGAAGUGGUGUGUUGAUUAUUGAUUAUAAUAGGAUUUAUAGUAAAUCAAUUUGAUGAUCACUUUGCUCAAAUAGAUUAAAAGUUCAUUUUUCUAGAAAAACAAUUUAAACAAGUGCAAGUGUCCCUGUUAUGGACUUUUUGUGGCAGCUUGAUUUAAGUCAGGUCUUGAAAAAACUUGAAUUCCAGCUUGUCAUUUGGGCAAGCUGCUCUGACGUUGUGCUUGCCUUCGUCCACUUCUUGCUGGUUUUAUAAUAAAUUAGUUAAUGAUUUUGUUAGAGGAUGCCUAACCUUAAUAGAAGUUACUUGCCCAGCAAGAAAAUUGACUCAUUCCAGACUACUGGACGGGGCUUGGCGAGCCCUGAAAGACUUAAUGUGCUAGAUGUAUGCUUGAAUUUCACAUGAGGUUGAACUAACCUCCCUGGCUUAUUAUUUUAACAGGACAGUGUAGAAAAUUAAACUUUAAUAUCAAGCUGACAAACAGUCCCAAAAGAAUUGUUUACUUCUAUACUAUCAUCAUGAUUUUUGCCAGGAAAUUAUGAUGGGCAGCUGUCAAUAUGGCAAAGGUUAACAGAUAGUACAUCUAUUUGCAGAUACAACCAAAAGAGUGACAUGUGGGCAUUGGGAUGUGUUUUGUACGAGAUGCUCACACUGAGAAAAGUGUUCGAUGCAACAGUAAGUUGAAAUGUUUUCUUCACUACCCUUUAAAGAAAAACUUAGACCAAGACUUGACUUCUCUUUAAUAAUACAGUUUCAAUUCAUACAUUUUGUUGUUUCUUUAUUUCAUUUGUAUGCUCCUUUGAAAGUUUAGCAAUAAUCCAAAUUUUCCUCUCCAUUUCCUUGCUGAAUCAGAGGAUCAAUUCAAUCAUACAACACACAAAUGCCUUAUUUGAAAAUAAUGUACACCAAUUCAUUCUUUCUUAAUUUGUAGAAUCCUCUGAGACUUGUGUCUGACAUUGUCAAAGGGCAGUAUGAAGAGAUUGACUCACAAUAUUCAAUUGACAUGCAUAGUUUGGUAACAAUUCUAUUAUCACAGGUAUUGUUUUAAAGUUUAUUUAAAUAAUUCCAAAAAUUGAUAUAACUACACUUAUGUCCAGGUUUGCUUGCAGCUUGCAAACCUGGACAUAUCUCUACCACUAAUGGAACAGGUACCUAGAAAUACUGUGUAAGCCUCAGGAGACUCUUAAUAAACCUUUGUCAUGCGACGGCCAUUUUGUCUCAGGAGAUUUAAAAAGCUUGGUUUAUGCACAGCUAGCCUCGUAGAGAGAACGAGGUUAGCCAUGCAUAAACAAAGCUUUUUAAAUGUCCAGAGACAGAAUGGCCACACCAUGAGAAAGGUCACUCUGUAAGUUGCUACCACCUCAGACAAAACUGUUGAGUUUUCUAACUUUUGUGCCAUACUUCCAUCUCCUCUAGACAGAAAAAGUAAGAAACCCUUCCCACUCCCACACCCCUAUUCAAUGUUGUUUUGGUCUAAAACCUAUUGUGUAUGAUUCUUGUGUUAUCCUAAACAACAUUGGACAAUUAAAGGGCGGGGGGAAAUCGGGCAUUCAUUUCGCGACAGUUUCCAUUUCUGGCAGGAUGACAGGAAAAAAUAGAUACUUUUGUGAUGUGUCUCAACAUGUUUUGUUCAAGGUUGUACUGUAUCCUGUCUUCCUAAUUUGUGUUGUCUUUGGUUGUGGGGACAAAAGGAGAAUUUGGCAUAUGAUCAAGAGUCACUUCUAAUGACUUUUUCUGUGUAUUCAGAAAGAGGGCAAACAUUUGGGUUCAUGUACAUGCAGAUAAUAUCUUUUGUUUAAGGAACUCUGCAAGAAUCUACAUCCAGAAUCAAGGCUCUGGAAAACACAUUUUAGAACUAUUUUUUGAAGUAAAACAAAAAUCCCAGAGUGGAGGGGGUACUCUGUUCCCUCCGCUUUCCCAACUCCACCCAUGCGAAUUGCACCCCUUUUUUGAGUGCCAUAGACCACUGCCCUUCCAAAGAAAGUGAAAAGUGUACAUUAAAAGUGGAAAAUGUUCUUUUUCUUACAAUAAUCUCAACCACCGAUAAAUCCUUAGCUCCAACAGGCAACUUUUAGCAAGUAGCAUUUUCUUUUGUACUCUCCCAUUUGUGGAAUGUUUAACUUAUUGACUUGAGAUAUUUAUGACAAUCUUAGAAUCCAGAUGACAGACCAACAGUUGCAGAAGUUCUAGCUAUGCCCUUACUAAGCAGUUUGGGAAGGUAAUGCUGUUUUUCUACAGAAAAACAAUAGAAGACACUCAUUGUUUGGACAAAAAAUAUAAGAAACUGCAAGGGCAAUAAAACAUCAUGCUGAAUUCAUUCAGUUUUGCUUAGAGUGGUUUUCGUUUGAGUGUCGUAAAACCAAAACCAAAGUAAUUACUCUGGCCAAUCACAUAGGACACAGACAAUACAUUGAACCAAUCAAAACUCGAAGUAAUUACAUGUGGCUGACGCAAAAGUUCAUGUACAUGCAGAUAAUAUCUUUUGUUUAAGGAACUCUGCAAGAAUCUACAUCCAGAAUCAAGGCUCUGGAAAACACAUUUUAGAACUAUUUUUUGAAGUAAAACAAAAAUCCCAGAGUGGAGGGGAUACUCUGUUCCCUCCGCUUUCCCAACUCCACCCUUGCGAAUUGCACCCCUUUUUUGAGUGCCAUAGACCACUGCCCUUCCAAAGAAAAUGAAAAGCGUACAUUAAAAGUGGAAAAUGUUCUGUUUCUUACAAUAUUCUCAACCACCGAUAAAUCCUUAGCUCCAACAGGCAACUUUUAGCAAGUAGCAUUUUGUGUUGUACUCUCCCAUUUGUGGAAUGUUUAACUUAUUGACUUGAGAUAUUUAUGACAACCUUAGAAUCCAGAUGACAGACCGACAGUUGCAGAAGUUCUAGCUAUGCCCUUACUAAGCAGUUUGGGAAGGUAAUGCUGUUUUUCUACAGAAAAACAAUAGCAGACACAAUCAUUGCAUGUACUAAAAGUAUAAGAAACUGCAAGGACAAUAAAACGUCAUGUUAAAUUCAUUCAGUUUGGCUUACUGUUGUAUGAUAGCAGUUUAAACCUAUCCCCAUCUCUAAAUAAAAUUAAGAGGUUGGCCAAGUAAUACUCACAAGAAGAAGAGUAGUCAAAGCUGUCAUAAAAAGACAGGACCCACCACUCCACAAAAUGACUGGACGUGGUGGUAUCUUCGUGUUCUCACUUUUUCUCAACAUCUCAAAGUUGGGUUUCAAAUUUUUUCUUUUAUGCCAUUUUGUCCUUAUUUGAAUAACUAGGUAGGGGAGUAAAGAAUUGUAAGUUCAGUAACCUGUACCUUUUGUCAAUUCGUAUAACUUUUUUCUCUUGAAGGGAAAUGCAAAAGAAAGUUUGGGAGUUGAAUGCUUCAACCAGAAGAGCAAGGUAAGUGAAAUGUUCCAAACGUUUUUAAUAAGAAGUUAGCUCUAACAAGUUGAAGGAUGGCUUAACCUGAAAGUAGAUUGUACAGGAUGUACAACAAAUAAAUUGAAGGCAUUUAAAAAGGACUUUCUAAGUGUAGUUAUGGACUUCUGCUCCAACAAUUUUUUUGAAAAAUCUUUGGUAAACAUGCCUAUUAUAUAAAUAAUACCUGAUACCAGAAAUUUUAUCCGAAAAUAACGGCAAUUUUUUUCAGUAGAUGGCCAAUUUUCUCUGGAAAGUAUAGUCCACUAAAGCACCAAUUUUGUUAAAAAAUAUUUAUCACCUAUAAAAUUUACUUAUUUUUAUAUUAUUGCCAAAUGAUAGGUGUAGUUUUCCUUAAAAUUUUGAACCCAACUUGUUAAGACCAAAAAAGUCAUGUCACCCCAUAGAAAAAAAUCCAAGACAGUCUUGGAUUCUUUAUUCCAAUCAUUAGUGGGAUUCUGGAUUCCUUGAGUUGUAUUCCAGAUUCCUAAGCGCCGGGUUCAGGAUUCCACAAACAAAGAUUUCUCGGAUUCCAGAAUCUGGAUUCCCUUAAAUGGAGAUUAAGAUGGCAUAAAGACGUCACGCUUUGCAGCUGUAAUAACAACGGAGCCACCUUGACUUUAUUUCUAAUAAAACGCGUCACAAUUGGCUUUGGUUUUACUUCUGAUUGGAUGAAAAGGUGGCGCGAAUCUUUUAAGCCAAUCGCAUCGUGUAGAAAGUGCAAAACCAAUUACUUUUCGACACUCAAAUGAAAACCGCUCUACUGUUGUAAAUUUAAAUGACAGUUUAAACCUAUUCCCAUCUCGAAAUGAUAUUAAGAGGUUGGCCAAAUAAUAGCCACAAUGCAGAGCUAUUCUAGAAGAGUAGUCAAAGCUGUCAUAAAGAGACAGUGGCCCCAUCACUCCACAAAAUGACUGGCCCGGGUGGUAUCUUCAUGUUCUCACUUUUGUCAACAUCUCAACGUUGGGUUUCAAAUGUUUCUUUUUAUGCCAUUUUAUCCUUAUUUAAAUAACUAGGUAGGGGAUGAAGAUUGUAAGUUCAGUAACCAGUACCUUUUGUCAAUUCGUAUAACCUUUUUUCUCUUGAAGGGAAAUGCAAAAGAAAGUUUGGGAGUUGAAUGCUUCAACCAGAAGAGCAAGGUAAGUGAAAUGUUCCGAUGGUUAUUAAGAAGUUAGCUCUAACAAGUUGAACAAUGGCUUAACUUGAGAAUGGAUUUUACCGGAUGUACAACAAAUAAAUUGAAGGCAUUUAAAAAGGACUUUCUAAGUGUUGUUACGGACUUCUGCUCCAACAAUUUUUUUGAAAGUUAUUUGGUAUACAUGCUUAUAUAUAAAUAAUACCUGAUACCAGAAAUUUUAUCCGAAAAUAACGGCAAUUUUUUUCAGAAGAUGGCCAAUUUUCUCUGGAAAGUAUAGUCCACUAAAGCACCAAUUUUGUUAAAAAAUAUUUAUCACCUAUAAAAUUUACUUAUUUUUAUAUUAUUGCCAAAUGAUAGGCGUAGUUUUCCUUAAAAUUUUGAACCCAACUUGUUAAGACCAAAAAAGUCAUGUCACCCCAUAGAAAGAAAUCCAAGACAGUCUUGGUUUCUUUAUUCCAAUCAUUAGUGGGAUUCUGGAUUCCUUGAGCUGUAUUCCAAAUUCCUAAGCGCCGGGUUCCGGAUUCCACAAACAAAGAUUUCUCGGAUUCCAGAAUCUGGAUUCCCUUAAAUGGAGAUUAAGAUGGCAUAAAGACGUCACGCUUUGCAGCUGUAAUAACAACGGAGCCACCUUGACUUUAUUUCUAAUAAAAAGUACUUUCAGACUAGUAACUAUUAAGUUACAUGUAUAAACUGCAUUAUUAGAAACUGAAUCAUUGGAUAAUGCAAUUCUAGAGCUCUGAUUGGCUGAGCCAUCAUUAUAAUAUUUUUCGGGUGGAGAGAGGCGACGACCAGAAAUACGUCGGCGGUUCGCAGGCAAAGCCAUCAUGGUAUAUGAGCCAUUACACCAUGCUCUACAAAUAUGGUAACUGUACGCGUCUGCUCAAAAUUAAAAACAAGAUGAAAAUCGGUUGUUUUUACAAAUACAGUCGGGAAGAAUCCUCGUUAUUUUGUGGGCGUUUCUGAUAAAACAAUUAUUCCACUCGCACUUGUUGGAUAUGAGAUGAUUAUAGCCAACUCAGCGCUAUGCACCUCAUUGGCUAUCUACCAUCUCAUAUCCAACAUGCACUCGUGGAAUAAUUGUUAAGUAUCUUUUUCUUACCUUCACCUGUCAUUUGCCUGCUUUGGUUUAUUAAGGCACGCCAGUGGAUCAACAGAAGUUGUCCCCAUUAUCACAUCUAAAAGUAGUGAGGUAAGUAUCUGCAUUAAAGCAUUGAAUUUGAUGGGUCCUUGUAUCAUCCCGGGCAUCAUCUUUUCAAACAGUAUCAUUGAUCGAAUUUAUACUGGAGAAAAAUUCUCUGUCUAUACGAAUAAUCCAUCAGACAAUUCGUCUACAUGUAGAUAUAAAUUUGUGAAAAUGAAUUGAGAAGGAUUUUUGGCAUCUUUGUGUCAGUCUAGUUAUAAAUUUAGAGAAUUGUCUCAGACAAAUUCUCCGUCUGUUAGGUAUAUAUUAACAACCGAAGAUGAAUUUUUUCUCAAAAUUCAUCUGAUAACCGGAAUUAUAUCUAGACGAAUAAUUCCUCUUUAUAAAUUCGGCCAUUAAGUUGGGCCACACUUUAAAUCCUGUCCAUCAUUUUUCUUUUUUUUAGUUUUUGUUUUUUAUCACAAAUGGUAAAAAUUUAUGUAAUUCCCAGAGUGAUUUAUGAUACAAAAGCCAACGACAAAGUUGCUAGUUAUGUGAUGAAACUCUGUGUUUAUUUUUGAUGUAUUACUCCUAUGGCUUAAGCACUCAUUUUACGGAUUAGGGUUAAGCGCUGUUAUGGUUAAACCCUUAUUUACAACACUUACUUAGUGGCUUGCUGGCUCGCAUUGUUUACUAACUAAUUCAAAAUGAUAGGAAUAUACUAUCUGAAUGUUUUACGAGGUCAAGUGGUAAAAAGCUGACAAAAUCUACCAUUUAACAAGGUCGUUGGGCUUCAUAGCCAUGCAUGGCACUUAAUUAACCAUGGUGGCACUAACAGCUUUCAUUUUGGUUUGAAUUAGGUGUUUUACUGGGGAGGUGGUAAACAAACUCCACAUAAAGUAGACAUGUUUCAAGGUGGACAUUCCGCGCUUCAGGUGAUUACCAGAUCCUUGUAUUAACUGAUGUAUACUACCACAUGAGAAAUUACUGCAGUUUGAUUGGCUUAGAGCAGUUUUAUUUCAGCUUAAUUUGAAAUACCUACAUGUGAAAAUUACAAACUUUUUUUCGGUAGUAGUAUAAACAAAUAAUAGCAUGAUUUGUACGUGAUAUUUGGCAUAAAUACCACUCGUGAUAUUUCAAAAUUGUCUCAAAUUUCACUCGCCUAAUGGUUCGUGAAAUUACGUAUAACAAUUUUAAAAUAUCACUCGUGGUAUUUAAACCAAAUAUCCCUACAAAUCAUGCUAUUACCUAUACUAAUUUAGAUUGAUAUGCAGAAAUGAUUUCUGCAUAUACAAACAGUUUUCUCGAUUGUGUGUUUUUUGUUAUUUCCCUGGUGUUUGACCAGGAUUUUUGAACAAAAGAGCGUCUGUGAGAAGGAGAAGGUAUGCUCUACAGGCAGGGCGUUUUUGCCUUGUCUUUUUUUCCUUUGAAUACUUGAGACUGUGGCUCAAGACUUGGAAAAGAAUUGUAAUAGUCAAAAAUUCGAAGAAAAUGCAAAAAAAAUAGUCCAGUUUCGAUUUAAAGAUUACCGCUGAAUACAAACAUUAACGGCACAUUUAUACAGGGUUAGCCUCGACGUAAAGUAGAAUAUUCAGAAAUUCCGGCAAGUAAGUGUUUAAAAUUUGAAUAUACACAAUAGACAGAGUAAUAAACAGGUCUUUUUCUCGUCGGAAUUUGUGAAUAUAUUACUUCAGAUGGAGGCUAAGCCUGUAAAAAAUGCGUCUUCACUUCUUUAAUUCAGCGGUCAUAGCGAACUCGAAACUGGACUAUUUAGGGGUUGUUUAACCUUAUUACCAACCAUGUUUAGAGUUGACUUUAACUUACUAGUAAAAAUGCCCUAUAGAACAAUUCAAACAAAGUGUAUAAAUCAUUUUGUAAAAAAAAAAUGAAAAACUUAGCGACAUUUUUCUCCUGUUUUGCUGUAGAGGCUCAUUUAAAUGGUGAUAACCCUAGAUUAGGUUUAUAGUCUCGGCAGUAUGAAAUAAAACCUUUUGGAGUGGAGGAUUUAAGUCUACCAGAUUAAAUAUCAAAAUACUUAUCGUAAACUUUCAUUUAAUUUCAGCUGGCUGUUGGUCAAUCACAUUUCGCUGUGGUAACUGUUGAAAAUGAACUCUUCACGUGGGCUGUAAGUACACUGACCAUGCUACUUUCUCACCUUUUCAUGUGUAACUGUGUCUACCUUUAUCGUUUUCUCGUUCUUCACUUUUUGCUUUUCUCUAACCAUUAUCCAUCGUUUCUUUAGUCUGUUAGUUUCCAUUCCGUCUCAUGAUCCUUCUCCAUCUUUUUACUCCCUGUCGCUAUCUUUUUCUAGUUUCCAUCUUAUCUGCACCCCACCAGACAUCUUCAUCACUCCAUUAUUUUCUCCACCACAGUCUUUAUCGUUAUUAACUCACUAUUCUAACUAAUCUCCAUCUUAAUUUUUCGUCCUUCUCCGUAUCCAAACCGCCCGUCUCAUCGACCUUCUUUUGUCUCUUUGUUUUCUUAGCCUUUCUCCCGCAAGUUGAGAUCAGGCCCAAUUUUAGCGGUUCUCAUACAUUCUCUCUAACGGCUACCAUUACAAAGCGAAUUGAGCCUGAUCUCAGGUUAUUCUCCCGCCACUUUUCUUUUUGUCAGAUUCUCUGUCCUUUCUUCAAACUUCAUGUCCUCUAUUUUGGGCCUUUACUGCCGCAAUUCUUCUAUUACCCUUUUCUAUUCACCUUUUAAAUCUGUCUGUACCUCUACCUAUUCGUCUUUUCAUUUCUCUCGGAAACCAGGAGGUGUCGCGAAAAUCUCUGGCUGUUUACUAACUCUAGUUUUUGGACGUGUGUUAUUUUUUUUCAGAAUGUACAUGGCGGCAAACAGAUGGUAGGCCAGCUGGGACAUGGCGAUACAGCAGCUUAUCGCAUCCCAAAACCAAUCGAUUCAUUACAUGGAAUUCCCAUCAAACAAGUUGCGUGCGGAGAUGAGUUCACGGCGUGUGUGACAGGUACAAAUUCAAAAUUAAAUGGCCUAACAAUUAUAUGCUUUGUGAAUUGUUUGCAACAGAGUAAGAUAGAUUGAGGUUAAGUUCGCCUUUAGUUGUAUGAAAAACUAGAACGAUUUGACUUCCCUUAGAAUAGUCAUUGAAACCUCUUAAAGAGAUGUUGCUUCUGCUUCAUUGAACGCUAACUUAUUCUGCACUGUUCAUUUAUUCCCUUAUUGUUUUUUCAAGGUAUUAUUAUUAUUAUUAUUAUUAUUAUUAUUAUUUAUUUAUUUAUUUAUUUAUUUAUUUAUAUAUUUAUUUAUUUUUUAGAGGAUGGGGUUUUAUACGCGUUCGGCUCAGAUUACUGGGGCUGUAUCGGCUGCAACAAUGAACUGGACGAGGAAGUUGUUACCCCAUACAGAGUAAGAUUCUUUGAUGAGAAUCCUGUUGAGCAGGUUGCCUGUGGAGAGUGCCAUGUUGUGGCGCUAACAGGUGGGUUGCCUUUGUCUUGACGCAGUACACGUUGAUGCUUAGCGAACUCACUUUCCUAUAAAAGGCAAAAAACUUUUCUGAGGCAAACAGUUACCAUACGCACCAUGAUGUAUUUUUUUCAAUUAAAACUGUUUUGGCAAAUUGAACCACUGUGAUAAACCAUCAUCUUCUCUGAGAGACCCAUCAUUUGUGUAUUUGCGUCUUGUAGAUGUAUUUCUGAAAUUUUUCUUAACGUCUACUAACCACAGAGCUGUUUUGAGCGUUUUCACAUGACGUCACGGCGGCCAUAUUGGUGUCUUGAAACAAUAAAACGGCGGUCAUGUUGGUGUACCAAACCAAUGCUGUGCAAGUUGAACUAUUUUCUUAUGUAAAUGCUUUCUUUUUUUCCAAUAAACAUUGUAUAGCUGCUGGCCACGUGAGUGGCCACGUGAUUGAAAUAUACAGCGUUUUCAUGCACGUGGCUAGCAGCUAUGCAAAUUUAUUGGAACAAAAGAAAUUUUUUAAGAAACUUGUUAAGUUCCAAUAAACUUUGCAUAGCUGCAGGCCGCGUUGAAAACGCUCUGAGCGUUUUCAUUCACGUCACCAGCAGCUAUGCAAAUUUACUGGAACAAGAGAUUUUUUUUAAGUAAGAAAAAGGUUCAAUCCCCUGGUUUGAGACACCGACGUUUGCACCGUCUCGUUGUUUUGGGGCAUCAAUAUGCCGGACUUGACCUCAUGUCUAAAAGGAAUAACACACAAACUGCGGUUACAAACAUCAGAAAUAGCAAACGCAUUGUAUAACUGACUUUUAUAAUAUCGAACUUGACGCUUCGUACGCUUGACGUCAUGUGUUCACACUCUGGGUGGGCAAUUAGCGACAGAACGGAAACGUUAGUUGAUGACGGCGCGCGCAAAUCAAACAACUGGCUUCACCAAUGGUAGAGCGGCAAAUUGGGCACUGGAAGUCGCGUUUAGUCCUUCCCGCGCUUUUUCGGGCCGUCAACUGUCGUUCCCGUUCUGUUGCUAAAACAGCCUAUUAGUUUGAUUUGAUGUUGAUGCAAAACUGACUUCCAUUGUUUGUGACUGUAUGUGUACAAGCUUGUAGCGAAGAUGUCAUGAGUAAAUAACGCGUUGUCAUUCAACAGUUGCUGUGUUUUAUGUCUUCCUAAUUAGGCUUUUGACUCCUUUCUUCUCUUGUUUCAGCUUCAAAGGAAGUUUACUCUUGGGGUUGUGGAGAGUAUGGUAAGCUCUAAAGAGAUUUUGUUUUGUAAAAAACUAUGUUUGGAACUGCCUGGGUUUGCCAAAAAGAGGGACGCCGUCUCAUCCAUGUUAAUUUUCGCGGAUUAUAUUUAUUCAAUUCCGCUUGCCUUAAUAAAUGAUGGACUGAUGCAGCUUCGUUCCCAGUCUUCCUUCGCUCACCGCGCGAAUAGGCCUGCGGACAAGUGUGGAACUAAUGCUACUGUAAACCUUCUUUUCUAUUUCUUUAUAGGUCGUUUAGGGCUGGGAAAUGAAGAUGAUUGCGCUGCUCCACAGAAGGUAACUUGACAUGCAUUGCGCUUGAAUGUUACGCCAGGCAAUUUUUCUUGCAACCUGUCUUGAAAUUUUCUAGAACCGUGGCGAGACGGGAUGCACAAGGGAGUCGUGAUGGAGGCUUUUGCGGAGCAAAAGUUGCGCAGUGGACAAUUUAGAGGCACUCGCCUGCCACCAUUGUGGCCAUAAAUGGUCAACCCCUUUAAUUCUAGAUCAAGUUAUGGCAAGAUGAUCUGUCAGUCUAACUGUGAACAAAUUUCUAUGAUGUUACCAUUCAAUUUAAAUCUCUUCAACAGAACUUUUGCGUGGUAAUAUUUAUUUCUUAGAAUUUUAUCAAAAGAUGUUUGGCAUUUUGGGGAUUGUUUUUUAAGUUUUCUUUCGGCAUUGUUUUGUUGUAGGUGGAUGUACCAGCACAGUGUCGGUUGGUAUCCGUCUGCUGCGGUUCUGAUUUCACCUUUCUACUCACUGCAACUGGGCGACUUCUCGGUUUUGGAAACAACGACGAGAACCAGCUUGGAAUCGAUACACCACAGUCACUAAGAAAAAGGCAAAUAAAGGUUCGUUAUUUGAGUACAUCCUCGUUUACUUUUUUAACGGAGACAACUCUCAAAUUUCGUCUGACGGUACAACCAAUUCGUCACUUUAGAAACGCGAAGGGAACUGGAGCCGAAAUGUGCCCGCAAUUGUUUCUGGGAUCGCUGCUGGGGACACGCCGGUCAGCUAUUGGCCAAUUUUUUUCCGUGUCCUUAGCAACAGCCCCAGAAGUCUUUGCGAAAGUUUACACGACCCAGUUUUUUUGUCGUUUCUAAAGUGUCAAAUGUGCAGACAGGAUAGUAUUUCACCCGUUUUUCUGCUUUUUAAUUUUCAGUCUGUCUCUGGUCACUUUCCUUAUCUCACCCUCCCCAAACCUGUAAUGCCUCUUAACAAGUGAGUACUUUUUACACAAAGUUACUUUUAUCUGAUCGAAAAGAAACAUUUUGAAACCAUUGGUGGGGAGUUUGGUAGACUAAAGAAGGCUGGAGCUGUUACCAACACAGAACUGCUCCCCAAACUUCUUACGAAUGUUAUUUUACAAUUAGUAAGUUAUUAAUGUAAUUAGUAAUUGAUGCCUAAAUUUCUCUAGUGACAUGGUGAACUGUUUUACACAGUCAGUGCUAGUGAAGACGUUUGCGUCUCGGUAAAUUGUUGCACCCUAACAGAAUACAGCUUUUUGGCUACCAACAGAAUUGUUUAUCUUGAAACUGAUCCUGAUUCUGAUUCUGAUUCUAAUUUUCUAGUUGAAUGUCGUGAUUCAGUCUGGAAUAUGAUAUAUUUUCGUUGCCUCGUGUUUUCUGGAUGCCAUCACCUCUUUCACUGGCAUUACGAAGUUUCCCCCCCCCCUCCCCACCACCACCACUACUCCCAACCCCUACCCCCAAAACAGUCUCGUAGUAUUAUUCUACAGAACACCGACCCUGGGCCAGUUAGUUCUUUUUGUAGAGAAAGUAAGCUAAAUCAUUAACUUUGAGGUUUUGAAACGUCGUUUGCGCGUUUGACUGGUUUGAUGCUGUGUUUAAGCUGGUUGAAGUUUAUGCUUACGUUUUUUGCUGUUGAUGAUGUUGUUGUUAUUGUUUUUUAAGGUAUAGUAUAACCUCUGUCUCAGCUGGAAGGACACAUUCUGCUGUAAUAGAUGGUAAGAGUGACACGGCUUUGUUCAUUAUUGGUGGAUUUCCACUGUCGCGUAAUCUUAAGGUGCUUACGCUCGUAAAUUUUACGCCUGUAAAUUUAGGGCAAUGUAUGAAGUGUCGCGCGUAAAUAUAAAAGUUGAACCUCGCUCAACUUUUACGUUCACACACGACACUUCAUACAUUGCCUCUAUUUUAUUUAUGGAAGGAAAUUUUACGAGCGUAAGCACUUAAAAGUUACGCUGCAGUUGAAAUCCACCCUUAUCUUCUUGUGAUAUCAGUUCCUCGGCUAGGAGAGUAGAAGAAGUUUUACUUAGGUUGCUGAUUUAUCGAGGUAUCAAUCGUGGAGGCUUUGUCAUGCUAGUCUAAACAACGCAUACGUUUUGAUAGGAAGCCUUAAAUAAUUUCGUUCUUUCUUGGUAAUUUUCGCACGAAUAGAAUUUAAACUUCCUAAUAACCUUUUGAGAUAUUAUGUUGGGUUUUCACAGCCUACGGUCGGCUUAUAACAGUGGGCUCCAACAAGUUUGGCCAGCUAGGAUUGGGAGACUUCAAGCCACGAACGGGACCUUGUAUCGUGGGUGGCGAAAUGGUUGGCAAACGGAUUGUUCAAGCAGCAUGUGGAGAUGACUUUACAGUUGUGGCUACUGCUGGUAACAACUUAUUACGUACAUUGGUUUAAACACUAGGAAGCCAGUUAACUGUACUUUAUUUCGCCACCUUUCGGUCUUUAACUGUUGUUUCUUUCCUCAGAUAACCAGAUCUACUCAUGGGGGAGGGGUGAUAAUGGUCGGCUUGGCGUGUUGACGGACAGCCUAAUGCGUGCCAAGGGUGGAAUCCCGUGCACUGCAGUCCCGCGCCCGAUUUUUGGCGCCCUACACGUGCUCUCGUGCGUGGCGUGCAGACACUGGAAUUCGCUUAUUGUGGCGGAGCGCGUUCUUAGUUCGCGCACUGUCAAGCGCGCAGGGUCAUCAGGACGCUCUUUGGAAUCUCAAUCGUGUAAGUAGCCUACUUUUCUUCUUUCUUACAGCGUCUUGUAUUUGUAUUUGUAUUCUAUGUCUAUCCUUGCCGUCCCGUUGCUACAGACGACAGAAAAUAGUUUCACUGUUUAAAUAUGGCUCUAAAUAACAAAACUAGACCCUUAUGUUUAAGGAACAUGUUCUUUUCAAGCAGCCGGUGAUCAAAGUGACUCUGUUUUCUCGGAUCCAAUGAGACUGGAUAUCAAUCAAGACAGUGGUCCAGCCGAUGGGAAUUACCUGUACGGAGACUUGACUAAAGACUCGGGAGUUGGCCGUUCACCUCGAACUCCGGGGCCUGGGUCCGACCCCAGAAGUCUGAGCGAGAGUAGCGUGCCGCCAGCUUGGCUACAAGAUGUAAGGAGGCGUUCAGUUUUAUUUUUUAAACCCUUAUUACCUUUUUCCCGUACAUCAGUUAGACUUAACGUCAACUCUUCGUUUUAAAAACAGGCGAGAGCUGCUGUCCGAAUGAAGAUAACCUCGCGUCUAGCAGACGAAACUUUAAAGUCAAGGGGUGCGAAUAAGAGUACAUAAGGAAGUUUACGCAACCACGUCACUAAAUUAGGAAACUUACGCAACCACGUCACUAAUCAAAUGUAUUUGCGAUCUUUCAAACUUAAUCACAAUUACUCCUUAUUUGUCAACUGGUGAGAGUCGAAUUGUCCGAGACUGGCCCAUCGAAGUGAAAGAAGAGAUAGGCAAAUUCGUCUUCGUAUGUUCACGUCCUCAAUAAAACGUAGCAUUUGGGGAUUUCAUACAGUAGUCAUGCAGUGGACGUUGUCUUUGUCGUUGCCGUUGUCGUCGUUGUUUGGUAAAAUCCCCGAUGACUGCACAAUACUUUAGAUGGGGGCGUACGAUGGUUAGAAUAUAAGGCUGUCAUUGAUCAGGGUGUGUGACUGUUGAUAUAGUCGAGUGAGAGAUAUUGUGAAAUUUAAGUCUGUGUUCACACUUGAUUAGUCAGCGCCUCAGACGAACCUACACUUCUGGUUAAGUCCGUCUGUAAAACAGUGCCGAAAUCUUUGCUCCGGGCCCCCACCUAUGUACCAGGAUUUGAGUAAGCGCCAUGAUUGGCCCGUCAUAUUAAGAAGGCACAGUAAGAGAAAAUUUUCUUAUCCACUUGUCCCUCGGACAAGCAUUAUAUUAAAUUUGGUUGUCCAAUACCCAAGAGUUCUUAUCCAAGACGUUUUGCAAGGUUCCUAAGCCAAAUGGAGCUCGUAAAAACAAAUGAAAUGGUCGCGGUAUAGCGAAGUUAAACGGAAUAUUUAACCUUAUUUUGUCAAGUAUGAGGUUUUCUUUUAUAACUAUAAGGUAAAUUUUAAUUCUACAGUGAGUUGAAGUCAAUUUUCAACUGUUCCCGUAUUUUUUCUAAUUAAAAAUGUGCUUGUCCCACGGACAAGUCAUGUCAAAGGGUUACAUGGCCGAACUAAAUUUCUACCUGUCGCGGACAACAGGACAUAGGUUUUGGCGCACCCUGAAAGGCCUUGUGGAUUUGCCAAUCAGGAUGAAAGGAAAUUCAAAAUGCAGUGCCGUUAAUUCGCUGAGUCCAUUGGGGACCCAGAAAAAGGAGCUGGGGGUUGCUUCGCAGACGUUACUAACGGAGGCUGAAUUACGUCUGCGAAGUAGGCUACCCUUGGUGCCCAAUUACGAUUUUCCAUUUGGCAUUUAUGAAUACCUUCCUUCAGUUAACUGGAUAAACUUCUUUUCGUCUUUUAGGAGCUUGAUCAGGCAGAGUAUAUUUCCAUGGAAUCGGGCAGCAACUCUGGUAGAACCUCGUCCCAGGCUACCGCAUCCAGUCGUGACCGCAAUCUCUCCAAUUCUGAGAGCACGGUACCGGAUUGGUUGAAAAAUGUAAGCGUUUGAUUUGCCAGCCUACAAUUGGAGAUCUUAAUUUGUUUAAAAUCAUUAAUCAAAGACAUCAACAGCAAAAAAAAUCCAUUAUACAUUAUUGUUCACCGGCUUGAAUCCGAUUUCAUUUAGACGCCCAUCCGCUGUCACACACACUAAGUAUGUUGACGUAGGAAUUGCCAUUACAAUCUUUUUUCUAGGAAAACUUAAAGAAAAAUUGGCUCAAAAAGCGCGCGAAAAUACUGAUGCGAGUAUAUCGGAUCGUGCUCAUGCCCCCCGGGCAAUUAAUUCAAUAUGGCCGCCGUAUCGACAAAAAGGUCUAUGGAGGACUACACUCACACUGACGAUCAUUCCCUUUAAUUAUGACAUGACUUCUGGAUUCAAACCGUCUAUUACUGAAGUAGACUUUAAAGUCAGGUAUCUUUUAGUGCAAUGCAAAGAUGUCAUUUGGUUUUACUGAACGAUGAAAAACUUCUAUCGUUGUUCCUGUAAGUUCAGAUCACUCAGUCACUUGUGCGUCGGUCAUGCGCGUGUUCUAUAGACCACUUCUAUUCCAAGACUCUCUGUUACCUUGCUUUUCUUUGAUUCCUAUUUGUCAUUCUCGUCGUAUUUUCAGGAGCUCCGUGAGUCUGAGUAUAUUCCCAUAGAUGGCCAUGCGUCGCCCUCAUCUAGAAGCAAGUGAGUAGUUUUCCUUCUAAACUCACCCGUCUAUAAGUUUCAGGUUAAUCUUUUGACUCCUAGCUGCUGGUAAAAUCGAGAGUCAACAAAAAAAAUCGAAAGGGUAUUUCCUAACAAAUCCUUCAAAGUAAAUAGUACCAUGUGAAAGUACUGCUUAAGAGGUUCAUAUGAUAGUCAAGAAUUUCUGGAAAUACUUCAUCUAAAGUCCCUAAAUGUAGCCGUUGGCUUUUUUUUUUCUGUCAAGAGCGAAGGGAGAAAUUUUCGAGGACGCGCACACGCAAAAAAAUAGGGCUAACCGGCGCCUGCCACACACGUUUCCUGUUAUGAAAAAACAAAUCCUUAAACCCUAGGAUCAACAUAUCCUCCAUACACCAUUUUAGUAAGGUGCUGACAAGGAGAAUUUGUUUUUACAAUCACGACCUGUUAAUUAAUAGUCACUUCUUUUGUUCUCAUGGCCUUCAUGUUUGUUUACAGUGUGGUAUUUUAAGGGCAAAUCACUUGUUGGUCUUUCUUAGCGACUCAAGGAUAAUUUUUGCACUUUUUAUGUUGUAGUGGGAUUUCCUUGUCGUCAGUAGCAGUUCAGUGCGAUCUUCAGCCAAGUAAGAGCAAAUCGUCAAGUUUUUGUUAGAUUUUGUUUAAAUUAUUUUAUUUCGUUGUAUACUAAGUUAAACAUUUGUUAACGGAAUUUUUAUUCCUGCAUCCUAGGCGAUGUAGAAGAAAUGAAAGCUUUGUUACUACAGCUGCAACAGGAGAACGCCAAGGUUAAUAUAACGAUUAUUACAGUGCUGGAGACUCAAUGAUACAUCUCACUUUUAUUCUGGAGAUGACUACCGAACAGGUUGUCGCAACGUCAGUCACUGUCAACAAAUGUCCUAUUAAGGUCAUCACUCACUCGCAUGAUCAUGAUCCACCAGGAGGGAAUAAGGGGUCUGAGAGGAAGUCUUAGGGCGUUAGGCGGGAUAUGUGAAUUUCUUUCAAGUUAUUUUAAGAGGUUGUAAUUAAACGAAAAUCGAAUUCCUGGGGCCCCCUACAUUUUAAUCGGUUGUUUGAAACGUCAUGCAGUCCGCGCGCGCCUGUCUCAAAGCAAACAAUGCAGAAUAUUGUAAUGUCGACACACUAAGGGAGCAUAAUGAGAGCAUGAUGUCCCCUUAUUCUAAAAGUUUGCGGACUUCUCCGGAAAAUAUCUUCCGAUUAAGUUCAAGGGUUUAAUUUGUCUAAAAAUAACUUUGGUGAAAUUCACAUAUCCCAACGGCUAGACUGGGCUCUGUCCCAUUAUUUUCUCUUGAUUCCACCUACUUAUGAAACUUAUUAUCUACAGUAUUGUACUGGUUUCAAUUCCGUUAUGUAUGUAUUGACUUUAGAGAGCUUUAGAUUCUAAGACGAGAAUGACUACGAGUGCGAGAUUUUCUCAAUAGUAAGUAGUGCUCGCGCGUGGACGAGCGUCAUUUUGGCGGGAAAACGUGGUAGCCGCCGUCAUUCUACUACGAGUUUUAACGAGAGUGUCGUAGUGGCGGGAACAAGUUAUCAAAUGUUAGAAGUUUUAGCGUUUUGCAAUCGGGAGAGGUCUUAAGCUCCUUCAAUAACGAUAAAAGUGCUAACUUUUCUGGUGAAAAAAAGUGCUAUGAAGAAUUCCGGGUUGUCUAUUUUUUGACAAUAGGCGAAAAAACUUUAAAUCAAAUCUCGUAGUCGUAGUCGUCCUCGACCUCAAUUCUAAAGGUCUCUUUAUUUAACUGAUGACUGGUCUUUAGUGGGAUAUGAACCCAAAGCUUACCGGCAGGUAAAAAAUCAGUGUCCGCCGCGAUUGUUCAUUCUCCUUGGCUACGGUUUCUUUUCUUUUGUCGUUUUCAGCUUAAGGAAAAGUUAGCUCAACAGAGUAAGAAAAUGAAGAUUUUACAGCAAGAGGUAAUUUAUCGUCAAUUUUUUGUACACUUCUGGUCACGGUUGUUUAAAUGUUGGAUAGCGUUGUUGGAUAACUAUUAGGGAGACCCGUUGCCCUAUCCACUGGAUAGACGGAGACUUAUACAGUGGAUAGCGCACCGUAAUUUUUAAGGAGUUAUUAUAUCUACAAAAGUGGAGUUAAAAGUUUAGGUACAGGAUAACCCCUUUUGGGGGGUUACGUUAACUCCUAAUUUAACUCCAAAUUUGGGGUCAUUUUUACUCCUGAAAAAGAGUUCUUUUUACUCCCAGUCUGGAGUUAAAAUAAAUCCGAAAAUGGGGUUAUUUUUACUCCUUACAUGGGUUGUUUUUACUCUUUUUGGAGUUCAUUUAACUCUGAAAGUGCAGUAAAAAAUUUAGGUACAGGAUAGCUCCUUUUUUGGGGGUUAUUUUAACUCCUCAAUAUCUGGGGUCAUUUUUACUCCUAAAAAAGAGUUCUUUUUACUCCCAGUCUGGAGUUAAAAUAAAUCCGAAAAUGGGGUUAUUUUUACUCCUUACAUGGGUUGUUUUUACUCUUUUUGGAGUUCAUUUAACUCUGAAAGUGCAGUAAAAAAUUUAGGUACAGGAUAGCUCCUUUUUUGGGGUUAUUUUAACUCCUCAAUAUCUGGGAUCAUUUUUACUCCUGAAAAAGAGUUCUUUAAACUCCUUUUUGAAGUUGAAAUAACUUCCCAAAAUGUAACUCCACUGCAAUGAGUUAAAUUAACCCCACUUUUCGAACAAUUGAUCUUUGGCGUUUAAUUUGAAUAUACCCAGUUCUGUCAAACUAGACUAAACGUUUUUUUAAAAGGCCGAUUAUGUGAACGACGUUAAACUGGUUUUGUUUUUCUCCAGAACAACACAUUUAUUGCUAAUCAAAAGAAGUUUUGGGAGCUGAUUGACUCGUGGCAUAAAGAUUGUCAGAAGGCUUCCUCAGCGAACUCCCAAAAUAAACAGGUAUCGUUAUACACGCUAUUUGUGCCUGUAGUCUCAGAUGUUUGUCCUGUCCGUUGUCAUGUCCAGACGUCGACACUAAUCAGAUUCAUGCUCCUUAUGGUAGACAUCACGAAAUGUCCCCUUACCUUAAUCCUCACCUAAACUUACAGCCUGCGAAAACAGCAGACAUUUCGCUACGGCACCGCUGUUUUCCCCGCGAAGUGACGUCUGAGGAACGACUGUAGAAAUUCCAUUCUGAUGACGUGUUACUAGUAGAUCUGGGUAUUGCUUCUGAUUGGUUGAAACAAACUUCCUUGCAGCACGACCAAUAAAAAGCACUACCCAGAUCUGGGUAGUGAAACGUUAUCAGUAUGGAAUUUCUCCGCUCAUUCUUCAGACGUCAUUUGGCAGGGAAAACGGUGGCGGCGUUGCGAAUUACAGUUCUGUCAAACAUGAAGUCUUGUGGGAAAAAUUUACUAUAUUUGAGUUUCAAUGUAUUUCGUACUUUAGUACUAAUUGAGGACACUAUUUUUACCUCUCCUACUGGAGACGGGACCGCCAUUUUACGUGGUCAUCCAAGCUAUGCGAAGGUCUUUUUGUUUUCAGGGCUAAGGCUGUACCUUCACUUCUCAGUUGUUUUAAGACCCUGCAGAGUAUUGGUCCGGUCCCGAAAAUAUAUCCCUCGACCUUCCGCUCUGUAGUCAAGCGCUCUAAUGACUGAGUUAAUCCUGCCGCGGUUGAAAUUGUAAUUUAUUUGGUGUAAUUAAUAAUUAUUCCUCGAGCCCGAAUGGGCUCUGAGUCAAUAGUCCACGAGGCCGAAGGCCGAAUGGGCUAUUGACUCAGAGGCCAUGAGGGCGAGAGGAAUAAUUGUUUUAGUAAAAUCCAACUAGUUGGUCGAAAAUAUCGAGAAUAAAAAAAAAAUUUAGCUAGUUAAAGCUAGACUUUAAUCCCUUUUUGCCGCCAAAAAGCCCGCGCUUUUCGCUACUAGUGGGCUAUAACAUAUAGCCUAGUAGUGGCUCAACCAAUCAGAACGCAGUAUUGAUAAUAGACCACUAGUUGGAUUUUACUAAUAUACAUUACUUCCCCAAGAAUAUGAUCGAAAGUCUCUUGCCUGGCGAAUUCUAUCCUAACCCUUUAUGCUCAUUUGCUCUUACAUUUUGUCAUCAGGGUGAAGGCAGUAACAGCCUUCAACCGUUAGCAGAGGCGGCCUCGACAGAGUCAUCUGACGACACGUGGGAUGUUUGA